AUGCGUUUCUCCGCCGUUCUCGCCAUCUUCGCUGCUUCCUACGCCGCUGCCAUGCCCGUAGAUGCCAAGCCAGACGCUGGCAAGGGCGGAGACAUUGCCGCCUGCGAAACGAAAGCAGCUGCUGAUCAGGUUGCCUGUAUCAAUGGCUGCGCCAAGGACGCUGCAUGUAUCACUGCUUGCACUUCGGUGGCCGUGCAGCAGUACACCUCAUGCGCCGGUGUAUAA